AUGAAGCUCUUCUCUAUCGUCACGGUAGCAAUCGCAUCGAUGUCUGCAACCGCCAUGGGAAACUCGGUUCCUUAUGAGAGGCUUGACAAAGACAAGGCUGUUCUUCUUGUCGUUGAUUUGCAAGUCGGCCUUUACAAUGCUGUUAGAGACUUUGAUCCGGUCACGUACAAAGAGAGCAUCAUUGGACACGCCGCCAUUGGACAACUGUUUGACCUGCCAGUUAUCUUGACGACUUCGGCAGAACAAGGACCCAAUGGGCCAUUGCCGAAAGAGAUUACGGACAUGUAUCCAAACGCAACCUUUAUCAAGCGUCAGGGCGAAGUUGAUGCCUGGGACAACGAAGAUUUCCGCAAUGCCGUCAAAGCUACAAACAGGACUCAGAUUAUCAUGGCUGGCAUUGUGACAGAUGUUUGUACAGCCCAUCUGGCCUUGUCCCUCCGUUCUGAAGGAUACUCUGUUUGGGCCAAUGCCGAGGCAUCGGGUAGCUCUUCUACAUUCGUCCGCGACAUUUCCAACGAUAGGAUGCGACAUGCAGGUGUGCAAGUUGUCAGUCUUUUCUCCAUCGUUUGCGAUCUGAUGAGGGACUGGCGAAAUGUCCCUGGCGCGGCGGAAGUGUUUCCUUAUCUCGACAAGUAUUUCCCUGUUUAUGGCAUGGUUGCUAGGGCUCAUGCCGCGGCCACCACCAACGGAAUUGUCCAGCCGGGAGAGGGUGGCCUUAUCUAA